CACGUAGAGCAUCACCCGGAAAGCCAGGCUUUCUAAAGGUCACAUUCCUUGAAUCAUCUUAAGUCUCUAAAUCGUACUAGCCUUCUAGAAACUAAUAAACCCUACCAGCAGGAUUGUCUAGAAGACAAACAUCCCUUGAGCGGUUCCCAGCCACUCGCGCUCAUUUCAGAAAGAUAGAGGCGCUCUGGGGCGGGUAUCCACUCCCGCUGCAAUCCCUUCCUAGAUGAUACUACCCAGUAGUUCCAAGCAGUCUUUCUUCCCCGCCCAUUAGCUUUGGAAAGAACCUCGCUUUCCUGUCGCUUCUCCGAGGCAAAGCAGCACACAACGAUAGUUCCGCUCCAUCUGUCCGCUGUCUGCAGCGACUCGGAUACAAUCUUCCUAGUAUCUUAACCUGGGACUUUUGAGGGGGAGUGGACAACCAAUUAGGGUAUUAGAGAAAGGAUGGAUUAGACUCCCGACUGUGGGUGAAAAGGGCUGUGUGCGCGCCCCAGGAGUGUGGGUCCUCCUCUGCAAUUCAAAAGGGGGAUCUCUCCUGUGUGCGGGUUUUUUGGACCAACUCCAGAUGUCCCCCAGCAGUUCUGAAACAGCAAAAAGUGCAAUUUAGAUCUGAAGUCUGGAACCGUUUUGGCUCUUCCAAGCAAAAGAUCUCCCUCUCUCUAGCCGACGCUCCCCACUCAGUUCAUCCCGGGAAUGGGCCAGGGAGGAGGGUUCUCUUGCAGCGCCCCGAGCUGCCAGGCGAGCUUCGGGCUCCUUAAAUUCACAGGCCAACAGCCCGCGUCCUCUCCGCCCAGGCUCCCGGGCUCCCGCGGUCCCCGGCCCAGCUCCUUGGCCUCCUCCUCGUCCGUCCGCCCCUGGAGGUCUUGGCGCUCGCUCGUCCAGCCCUGCGCGCCUGGCACCGCUGGCUGCCCAGGGCCGUCCGCACGCCCUCAAGGACCUCGGCUCCCGGAUCCGCGCGCGGGCUGGAGCCGGCAGGGCCAGGAGGGAGCAAGCGGAUCCGCCCACGCCCCCGGCCCGGGGAUGGCGCAGCGGGGCCCGGGCUCCGGGGUGUGGCUCGGCAGAGCUCCGGACCGCUCCGGGGCGGCAGCGCGGGAGGGGGGAGCUCCGCCACUCGCCGCGCGUUCCCGGCUCGGGGCUCCCCUCCACGCGCUCGGGCUGCGCGGGGUCCGCUCGGGCCGCCCGUCGCCGCCCCCGCCCCCGGCGCGCCCGCCCGCGCCCUUGCUCGCCCCGCGCGCGUUCCUAGGGCGCCACCUCUUUGCGACUCGCUCACUUCUCCGGCAGGUUUGUCUCGGAGCGUGUGAACAUUCCUCCGCUCGGCUUUCAACUCGCCUCCAACCUGCGCCGCCCGGCCAGCAUGUCUCCCCGCCUGUGAAGCGGGGCUGCCGCCGCCCUGCCGCUCCGGCUGCCGCUAACGACCCGCCCUCGCCGCCACCUGGCCCUCCUGAUCGACGACACACGCACUUGAAACUUGUUCUCAGGGUGUGUGGAAUCAACUUUCCGGAAGCAACCAGCCCACCAGAGGAGGUAGACAGCUAUGUAUAUAUAUGUGGGUUUCGCUACAAAUGGUCCUGGAACACAAGGGCCUGGUUCGCAAAGAAGCUGACUUCAGAGGGGGAAACUUUAUUCUUUUAGGAGGCGGUUAGCCCUGUUCCACGAACCCAGGAGAACUGCUGGCCAGAUUAAUUAGACAUUGCUAUGGGAGACGCGUAAACACACUACUUAUCAUUGAUGCAUAUAUAAAACCAUUUCAUUUUCGCCAUUAUUUCAGAGGAAGCGCCUCUAAUUUAUUUUUUUCCCUUUUUGCUCUUUCUGCCUGUGUGGUUUGGAGAAAGCACAGUUGGAGUAGCCGGUUGCUAAAUAAAUCCCGAGCGCGAGAGGAGACGAUGCAGCGGAGACUGGUUCAGCAGUGGAGCGUCGCGGUGUUCCUGCUCAGCUAUGCGGUGCCCUCCUGCGGGCGCUCGGUGGAGGGGCUCAGCCGCCGCCUCAAAAGAGCUGUGUCUGAACAUCAGCUCCUCCAUGACAAGGGGAAGUCCAUCCAAGAUUUACGGCGACGGUUCUUCCUCCACCAUCUGAUCGCCGAAAUCCACACAGCUGAAAUCAGAGCUACCUCGGAGGUGUCCCCUAACUCCAAGCCCUCUCCCAGCACAAAGAACCACCCCGUCCGAUUUGGGUCUGACGAUGAGGGCAGAUACCUAACUCAGGAAACCAACAAGGUGGAGACGUACAAAGAGCAGCCGCUCAAGACACCCGGGAAGAAAAAGAAAAGCAAGCCCGGGAAACGCAAGGAGCAGGAAAAGAAAAAACGGCGAACUCGCUCUGCCCGGUUAGACUCUGGAGUGGCUGGGAGUGGGCUAGAAGGGGACCCAGUGUCUGACACCUUCGCAGCGUCGCUGGAGCUCCAUUCACGGAGGCAUUGAAAUUUUCAGCAGAGACCUUCCAAGGACAUAUUGCAGGAUUCUGUAAUAGUGAACAUAUGGAAAGUAUUAGAAAUAUUUAUUGUCUGUAAAUACUGUAAAUGCAUUGGAAUAAAACUGUCUCCCCCAUUGCUCUAUGAAACUGCACAUUGGUCAUUGUGAAUUUUUUUUUUUUUGCCAAGGCUAAUCCAAUAUUAUUAUCACAUUUACCAUAAUUUAUUUUGUCAAUUGAUGUAUUUAUUUUGUAAAUGUAUCUUGGUGCUGCUGAAUUUCUAUAUUUUUUGUAACAUAAUGCACUUUAGAUAUACAUAUCAAGUAUGUUGAUAAAUGACACAAUAAAGUGUCUCUAUUUUGUGGUUGAUUUUAAUUAAUGCCUAAAUAUAAUUAUCCAAAUUGAUUUUCCUCUGUGCAUGUAAAAAUAGCAGUAUUUUAAAUUUGUAAAGAAUGUCUAAUAAAAUGUAAUCUAAUUGCAUCAUG